AUGUGGCCUCUUUUGAGAAACCUUAACAACACAAGAAAGAGUUCAAAGGUUGCUGAUGAAAACAUGUUCCAACAAGGAAACAAUGUUGUUGAGGGAAGAGGAAUAAGAAGACAACAUCAUGGUUGGGGGAAUAUAGUGUUUAGUAUUCUUCAAGCUCCAAUUUCAAUACUAUCUUGUGUUUCUCAUCCUCAAGUUAAUGGUUCUGAUGGUGUUUGGGUAAGUGGGGGUGAAUUUUCACAAAUUUCUGAAAUGAAUCAUCUUAUGGUAAAUGAUAGCAUGAGAUAUGCAAUUUUGAUGUAA